AUGUUUCCAGAUUCCAACGCCUCUCCAACACGCAAGAUGGCAGAGACCGACAAUGCUGCGGGGGAUGUCCAUAAACCUCGAACAAAGAAGCAACCCCCACCACCUCCCUUCUACAUCCCCCUCAAUAUCACCCUCUACCUGUGCUUAGUCGCGAACGGACUCGCCGCGAUAUUCUCCCCAAUCCAAGAUUGCGAUGAGGUUUUCAAUUUUUGGGAACCUGCGCAUUAUUUACAGCAUGGAUAUGGACUCCAAACAUGGGAAUAUUCCCCUGUUUAUUCUAUUCGGAGCUGGCUCUACGUCUCGCUCCAUGCUGCCGUAGGCAAGCUGGGGUCUUUGGUGGUUCACACCAAGACAACUGAAUUUUAUACAAUUCGGUUAGUUCUUGCAUUUGUAUGUGCAGCCUGCCAGACUCGAUUAUACUCGGCGAUCUGUCGCACUCUCAGCCCCCGCAUCGGUCUCUUGUUUGUGAUGGUCACUACACUCAGUCCCGGCAUGUUCCAUGCUUCGACUGCCUUUUUGCCAUCCACUUUUACCAUGUAUAUGUCGAUGCUUGGUCUGGCUGCAUUCCUUGAUUGGAACAAUAGCCAAAGAACAGCGCGGGGGAUCAUGUGGUUUGGACUGGGCACAAUAGUUGGGUGGCCGUUUGCUGGUGCGCUUAUUGUCCCACUUUUGGCUGAAGAGGCUAUUAUUAGCCUCAAGUCCGGAUUGUUUGGCUCAUUCUUGUGUGCUGUAUUUGAUGGUGUUGUUCGUUGUUUGUCUAUUCUGGCUCUUGAAGUUGCAGUUGACUAUGCUUUCUUCCGAAAACUUGUCCUUGUGCCUUGGAACAUUGUUGCCUACAACAUCUUUGGAGGAGAGGGUAAGGGACCAGACAUUUUUGGGACAGAGCCGUGGACUUUCUAUAUUCGAAACCUCUUGCUCAACUUCAAUGUCUGGUUCAUCCUCGCCAUGCUAUCCGCACCUCUACUGUUUUUCCAGAUGGUCUUUAGAUCGCACACUACCUCCUUGAAAACCUCACUGCGAUCCAUGACCCUGGUCGCACCUUUCUACAUGUGGCUUGGUAUCUUCUCGGUCCAGCCUCACAAGGAAGAGCGAUUUAUGUUUCCUGCAUACCCAUUCCUGGCACUCAGCGCGGCUCUUAGUUUCCAUAUUAUCCUGACCUAUCUUGGUUCAACUAACCCGAAGGAACUAGUCGGGCGCGUACCAACCAAACUUAAGAUUGCUGCAGCCCUGUCAGUCGUUUUAGUCGCUUUCAAUGCUGGCUUGUUGCGCACUUUGGGCAUGGUCACGGCGUACAGCGCUCCAUUGAAGGUCUUUGAGCCUCUACAGCGGGUGGACAUCGCGCAGGCAGGAGACUCGGUGUGUUUCGGCAAGGAGUGGUAUCGCUUCCCGUCCUCCUAUUUCCUUCCCAACGACAUGCGUGCCAAGUUUAUCCGAAGCGAAUUUGAAGGAUUACUUCCAAGCGAAUUCCCGGACGCGCCGAGCUAUAUUCAGCGUCUGGAUGGUGCCUCGCAGAUCCCGUCUGGCAUGAACGAUCUCAACAUCGAGGACCCCAGCAAAUACGUUGACAUCUCUCAAUGUUCUUUCUUGGUUGACUCCUACUUCCCUGGCCACGAUGCAACCGAGCUGGAGCCUCAUUACGUCACAGAUAAGACGCAGUGGGAGACGGUAUCCUGCGCAAGCUUCCUCGACGCAUCCCAAACCGGUCUGCUAGGUCGGUUGAUCUGGAUUCCGGAUCUUCCAGUCAUCCCAGACCGCUUCCGACGCAAAUGGGGCGAGUACUGUCUGCUCCAGCGAACUGCUGCAGGUCAUGUAUAA